GUCGAUGCUGACAGUGUCCAGCCGUAGCAGACGCAGAAGAAGAGUUGCUGUAGUUUACUUGUUGAAUGACAGCGGACUAAAGUUUUUUAGUUUCGCAGUUUGGGAAAGACUCAGCACGUUUCUGCGCCGAGUCGCAGCGUUUCUGACCCCAGACUGUGAGAUUUGAUCCGGAAAAUGCGGGACCGAACUAAAGAAUUAGGAAACACUGCCGAGGCUUCAGAUGAGGAUGAGGAGGGCAAAGCUCUGAUGAUCAGACCCGGAACGUCUUCAGCCAAAGAGGAGAAGGACAACGAUGCUUUCUUCAAAAAGGUGCAAGAAAUUCACGAGGGGCUGCAGAGCCUCAAGCGGAUGGUGUCUGAGCUGGAGAACAAACAGAAGACGGUGCUGGGCGUGGCGCUGCCGGAGGAGAGCAUGAAGAAGGAGCUGCAGACUCUCAGAGAGGAGAUCAAAACGUUGGCCAGUCAGAUCCAGAGGAAGCUGAAGAAUAUUGAACCCAAGAAGGGAGAAGAGGAUGGAAAGUACAUCCCCAUUAACAUCCGCAUGCAGCGCACACAGCACGGCGUCUUGUCCAAGGAGUUUGUGGAGCUGAUGGGCCACUGUAACACCAUCCAGGCCCAGUACAGAGAUCGCAACGUGGAGAGAAUCCAGAGGCAGCUGAAAAUCACUGGCACCAACGUGACGGAUGAGGAGCUCGAUUCGAUGCUGGAAAGCGGCCAGACGGACGUUUUCACCCAAAACAUCCUGAUCGACGCUAAAGCCACGAAGCAGGCGCUGAAUGAGAUCGAGUCACGACACGACGAGAUCCUGAAGCUGGAGAGGAGCAUCAGAGACCUUCACGACAUGUUCCAGUACCUGGCCAUGGAGGUGGAGGCUCAGGGUGAGAUGGUCGACAGGAUCGAGAACAACAUCAAGCAGUCGUCUAACUACGUGGAGAAAGCCAAGGAAAACACGCAACAGGCGGUUAUCUAUCAGCAGAAAGCACGCAAGAAAAAACUCUGGAUCGCCAUCUGCGUGGCCAUCCUCAUCCUCAUCCUCGUCAUCGCGCUGGCCACCACCUUCAGCUAGUGACAGAACCACAUUACGGAUUCAAAAAUUCCAAUUUCAUGUAAAUACAUCAGCCCAGUGGAUGUACGGGUGAAUUUAGUCAGUGGUCCGUUUUGACCCUUUCAUUCGUCUCUCUAACCCCUCUGUCCGCCUAACGGGCUUUUUCUGUUGCGUUCUCUGUUAUUCAAACUCACGGCUUCAGUCUUUCCUGCAGCGCUGCAGGUUUUAUGUCGCUUUCUCUUCUGCAAAAACAAAGAGCAGGACAGAUUGAACUGUUACGUCCGUCCCCUCCCUCCUGCGUAAGAAAAAAAAAGAGGAAAUCACCUCGAGCAAAGGCACAAAGCAGUAUUGAAACCCAACACUGGCGCUGAUCACACUGUACUCAGGAAACUGUGCGUCGACUCUUGUUGCUUCUGGAAGAAUUGGAGACGUAAAGAACAAUUUUCUUUUACAGGCAUAUAUAGACUAAUAUAAUUGUACAUAACCUGUAUUGCUGGGGAUUAAAUACUGUAAACUAUAUGCAGAUUGUUUUUAAAACUUGAAGGUCGUUUCAGACUGAUUGCGUGAAACAAAUGUAAAUAGUUUUUUUAUUUUUUUUUUUGCUUUUUGUGAAAUAACUGCUCUUUUUUCUCUUUAAUUUCACAAAGGUGUCUGAGCGCUGCAGCAACAGGCCCAAGUCCCCUUUUUAUUUGUCCUAUCAGUUUGUAUUUAUGAUCUGAUUGAGAAAGGUUUUAUAACUACAACACAGAACCGUUUGUCAAAACUGUGCCUUCUCCUUUGCAUCGAGCCGGGAAAGUGACGCUGUGCACUAACAUUGUCAAGAAGGGAUGGAGCGAGUUUUUAAUUCUGUUUAUACGCGUCUAAAUCCACACGUUUGCAGCCGUGAGUCCGGAUCUGUUGGCGUUUUUCUUCACCAGCCUGUCACAUUGUGCCGUUUAGUUUAAUUCUGCAGGUAAAUCUAACGUUUGCUGACCAGUAGACGCAUUUAGGGACACAAACGGAAACCUGAUGAGGCCACGAUGUGACGAAUCUGUUGGAGGAAGCCCGGUUCUCGCUGAAGUCUCUUUAGAAAAAGGCUGAAGGACGACGGAGCGGCGAUUCCGCUGCUGUGGAAAAAUUACGACUGUCGAAUUUUGCAUCUAUUAUUUUAAUAUAGGUUUGUUUUUAAAAUAAAACUGCCACGUUCGAUUA